AUGGAAAUAAACUUUCUUAUGGACUCGGACCAGGUCCCGACUUUUCCAAUGUUCUGCAAACUGUGUGGGGCGAUGCUGCCGACCGGUAAGGCACUGGAAGUGGUCAAUUGCUACAACUGUGGCCACAACUGGACGAUACCCGAGAUCAAACAGCUUAGCUGGACGUACAAUGAAAAGUUCAUCCCGACGGUAGAGAACAAAACGCAGGUCGAACGUCUGUGUCCCAAAUGCGGUGCUAAGAAAAUGACCUAUACCACGUGGCAAACCCGAUCUGCAGACGAAGGAAUGACCGUAUUUUUUACAUGUACGCAGUGCGGUCAGCGCGACAUUGAAUAUUCUUGA